AUGUUUACCGCAGCUGCGUGCUCCCCCACCCUGGUCCAGGUCCGGCGUGGCGCGCCGUCGGCCAGCAGGGCCACGCGCGUGGUUGCCCGAGCGGAGGAGGAGAAGAAGCAGGGCCUGCGAGGGCUCGACUUCACUCCCAACCGCAACGCCGCCGUCGGUUUCCAGGACGAGGACUCGGCCGGCCAGACGAACAUUUUCGCCGUCGAGCCCAAGUCCUACCUGGCAGGCUCCACGGCAGACACCUCGGGCGGUGCCCCGCUGUUCAUCGCGCUGGCUUUCGGCAUCGGCGCGGCCGUCGUCGUGGGCGGCGGAGUCCUGAACUCGCGGGAGGGGCCAGUGGAGGAGGACAUGUCCGCGUACGCAACGCUGACGGAGUACGUGGCGAAGCUGAGCUGA